UUUCGGUCACAUUUCAGCCUCUGCUCUGAGAAUAUAUGCUAGGCAGCCCCGAACUGACUACUGCUUCUCUACAACUGAGCUAUGAUCAUCUUCAUUUACUUAUUUGUCUUGCUGUGGGAAGAGGCUCACGGAUGGGGAUUCAAGAAUGGAAUUUUUCAUAACUCCAUAUGGCUUGAACAAGCAGCAGGUGUGUACCACCGAGAAGCACGAUCCGGUAAAUACAAGCUCACCUAUGCUGAGGCGAAGGCUGUGUGUGAAUACGAAGGCGGCCGGCUCGCCACCUAUAAGCAGCUAGAGGCAGCCAGAAAAAUUGGAUUUCAUGUCUGUGCGGCCGGGUGGAUGGCCAAGGGUAGAGUUGGAUACCCCAUCGUGAAGCCAGGGCCCAACUGUGGAUUUGGAAAAACUGGUAUUAUUGACUAUGGAGUCCGCCUCAAUAGGAGUGAGAGAUGGGAUGCCUAUUGCUACAACCCACAUGCAAAGGAGUGUGGCGGUGUCUUUACAGAUCCGAAGCGAAUUUUUAAAUCUCCAGGCUUCCCAAAUGAGUAUGAUGAUAAUCAAAUCUGCUACUGGCACAUUAGACUCAUGUAUGGUCAGCGUAUUCACCUGAGCUUUUUGGACUUUGACCUUGAAGAUGAUCCAGCCUGCUUGGCUGACUAUGUUGAAAUAUAUGACAGUUAUGAUGAUGUCCAUGGUUUUGUGGGAAGAUACUGUGGAGAUGAACUUCCAGAAGACAUCAUUAGCACAGGAAAUGUCAUGACCUUGAAGUUUCUAAGUGAUGCUUCGGUGACAGCAGGAGGCUUCCAGAUCAAAUAUGUGGCACUGGAUCCUCUGUCCAAAUCCAGUCAAGGAAAAAAUACAAGUACUACUUCUACUGGAAAUAAAAACUUUUUAGCUGGAAGAUUUAGCCAUUUAUAAAACAAAAAAGAACAUUUCAGUGUUUACAUCUUUUGAAACAUCUUAGAUCUCACUUUUAUAUUAUUAUUAUUAGCAUUUAUUUAUUCUUUUUAUAAAUGUGAAAGCAAUACCUGGUGAUUUGGGAGAAAUUGUAAAUACAGAAAACUUCAAAUGGGAAAAUAAAAUAUCUCAUAAUCCCACUGCCUAAAAAUAAUAAGCAUUAACAUUCAUAUAUUUUUCUUUCAGUCACUUUUUUAUCUGUGGUAUAUGUAUAUAUAUGUAUUUGGAUUUGAAGUUUUGGAAUCCUGAACUCAACAGUUUUAUAUUUUUUUCUUUUUAAACUUGAACUUUAUGCCUUGAAUAUUUUUUCAUAUUAUGGAGUAUUCUUCAAAAACAUAAUUUUGAACAGCUGUAAAAUAUUCCGUAGUAUGAUUAUUCCAUGCUUUAUUUAAGCCUGUCCCUAUUGUGGUAAUUUUAGGUUGUUUUCAUAAAUAUUACUGCAAUAAACAUUCUUGAACACAUGUAUUUGUACAGCUCUUUAAACUGGGAAAGGGUCCUACAAGUAGAAUUACUGCCUCAGAGAUUAAUUAAAAUGGAAUUUUAUUUUUUAACAUAUCUUUAUGGUUUGAAUUUGCAGUGAGAUUAAUGGUUGUGAUGCCGGGGUUCUUGUUCACGAAGCCAAAUAAUGAGCUUCACAAACACUCAAGAUAGGAGAGCAAGGUACAGGCUUUUAUUUAGAGAUAAAGUGAAAGGACAGAGCUCCUGGCUCACACCAAGAGGGGACAAUAGAGUCCCUAGUGGUGCAUCAUCUAGGGGUUUUAUAGGCAGUUGAGGAUUUUUGAGAACAUGAAAAAAGCUUAGAGGUGUGAACUUAUUAAGUGGUCUCAGAAUAUUUAGAAUUAACACAAGCAACUUCCUGCUCUGAUGAUUUCUCCCUGAGAUACCAGCAUCUUGGUCUGGGGGCCUAUGAAACAAGGCCACCUGCUCAGCCCCCAAGGUGGACUGAGGCAUUGUUUGCUAAAGAGUAAGUUAAGAAUUUCUAAUAUCAACUUCUUGGGUAUUAAAAUGCAAUCUUAUCUUAAAGGUGGAAUCCUUCUGGCCUUUUACUGUGCUGUUUAUGGCUGGGCCUGCAGCUAAGUUAAUUUGCCCAGUUUGCAAAAUUACUUCAUCAGAGCUGAAGGAGGAAAGACAGCACAUAGGCCUGGGCCUUU